CUUUUUAAAGACAGAAAGAAAAACCGGAAACGUCGUCUCCGCUUUCACGGCAGAAGAUUAAACAAGAAGUUGGUUAGGGUUUUCUUUGUUUCCCCCAUGGCUGCCCAAUCUCUUUCGGUGCUUCCCGUCUCCCCUUCAUCUUCCGGUUGUCGUUGCCGGAAUUCAUACAAUUCCUCGUUCCUCGCGCCUAGGAUAAUCACGUCCAGGGUUAUGGUUACUUCAUUCGUCGGACUUCACCUCUCAAUUCAGCAAUCGAAAUCGCGGCAUAGAACUUUUGGGCGUUACUCAUCCAUCGUCGCAACGGUGGAGUCUAGUCCUACAACUCCGACAUCAGAGAAAGAAACUCCUGAAAAAUCCGCUAAGUGGUCGUUUAGAUUCAUAAAGUCGUUUGCUAUGGGUGAAUUGGAAGCUAGGAAGUUGAAGUUUAUGAAUACUGGGACCGAGGCUCUGUUGAUGGGUAUAUUGGUUGAGGGAACUAGUUUGGCUGCAAAGUUAUUAAGAGAAAGUGGUGUAACACUUUUCAAAGUGCGAGAAGAAACUGUAAGAUUACUUGGAAAAUCAGACAUGUAUAUUUUUAGCCCUGAGCAUCCCCCAUUGACUGAACCAGCUCGCAGGGCCAUUGAUUGGGCAAUUAAUGAGAAACUGAAGUCAGGAGAAACAGGAGAAGUGACAACCUCCCACUUGCUUCUGGGAAUAUGGGCGGAAAAGGAAUCGGCUGCUCACAAGAUAAUGGCAACACUUGGUUUUGAUGAUGAUAAAGCUAAAGAGCUUGCCAAAUCUAUGGACAAGGAAAUUAUUCUGAGCUACAAGAGGGGACUUUAAAGAAUCUUAAUACGUUUUCCUGCUGGUUGUUGGCUGCUUAAGGACGACUUAUCGACAGAUUGGGCCAUGAAGCAAAGUGGGGGUUGUAAUAUAAGAGGCUCAAUCGUUAUCAAAAUCUGCAAAUCCUAUGCCAAGGGUAUCGUUUUUGUUGUUCAAUUCAUUAGUCUGUGAUGUAUAAGUAAAAGAGGACUCCAAAUUAAUUCGAUUAGUGGGAAUAAAAGCUAAAAUAGGUUGUAUGACUCUAUUCAUUGCUGGAUUAGCUUGGGCUUUCUUGGUUCUUCCAUUCAUAUUAUAAUCAGACUGAUUUUGCAUUUCAAAA